CUUAAAUCCCAACACAAAACCUUUGAACUUCUUCUUUUGUUUCUUUCUUUCUAUGAUCCGAAAAAUAAAAGGGUCGGAUCGCCGGAUACUGUCGUUCCCGGCGGUUCAUCCCUGCGAGGACGUUUCUCUCUCUACCAUUGUCUCUUCUCUCAUCACUCUCUCUCACGACAUUUCGAAUUUCCAAUAUAGAUUCUUCCCAUGUAACAAGCGAAACGCGAGAAACGCCGUUCGUUUGAUUCAGCUUCUCCAACCGUUCCUCUAUGAGAUCCGAGACUUGAAGUCGGGUCUACCGGAUCCGGCGACCCUGAUCUUGUCGGAGCUCCAUCUGGCCUUCCAGAAGCUUCGUUUCUUGCUGGAAGACUCUGCUCGAGAGGGUGCCCGGUUGCUGAUGUUAAUGGAGUCGGAGCGGGUCGCCAAUCAGUUUCGGGUCUUAUCCGGAUCCAUGGCCACGGCUCUGGACGUUUUCCCUUUCGGUUCUGUUGAGGUUUCGGAGGAAGCAAGAGAGCAGGUUGUGCUGCUGAUGAAGCAAGCGAGGAAGGGUAGGUUUGAAGUUGAGCCCGAUGAUAAACGGGCUGUGAUGGUUGUUAUGUCGGUUUUGAACCGGUUUCAGAACCGGGUCGCUCCGAAUGAGGGUGAUCUUAAGUGGGUUCUUGAUUAUAUUGGGGUUUGUAGGUGGAGUGAGUGUAACAAGGAGGUGAAGUUUUUGGAUGGUGAAAUUGGGUUUGAGUGGUUGAAUGAGGGAAAGAGAAAGGUGGGUUUUUUGAGCAGUUUAAUGGGGUUCAUGAGCUACUGUAGGUGCGUGGUGAUGGAAGUUAUUGAUGAUGGUGAAGAAGGUAACAAGAAAUCUGAAGCAGGAAUUGAGAGUGAGAUGAAUUUGAGUUGCCUCAACACUGAUGAUUUUCGAUGUCCAAUCUCUCUGGAUUUGAUGAGUGAUCCUGUGACAAUAGAGACAGGUCAUACUUAUGAUCGUUCUUCAAUUCUCAAAUGGUUCAGAAGUGGAAAUGCAAUAUGUCCCAAGACAGGUAAAAGGCUUAGCAGCACUGAAUUGGUUCCAAACUUAGUGCUUCGGAGGUUGAUUCAGCAGUAUUGCUUUAAGAAUGGGAUUCCUUUUGCUGCUGACAUGGGUCGUCGGAAUCGUGACAUCACUAGGACAGUUCAGCCUGGAAGUUUAGCAGCAGAGGAAGCCAUGAAAAUGGUGGCUGUUUUUCUCAGUGGCAGGCUUGAGAAUGGAGCAGUACAAGAGAAGAACCGAGCUGCAUUUGAGAUAAGGCUUCUUUCCAAAACAAGCAUUUUUAGCAGGUCUUGUUUGGUGGAAGCUGGUUCGGUCCCUCUUUUGUUGAAGUUGCUUUCAUCGAGGGAUUCAUCGGCACAAGAGAAUGCCGUUGCAGCCCUUUUGAACCUCUCAAAAUGCCACAAGAGCAGAGAUGAGAUGGUUGAGAAUUGUGGAUUGGAAUUGAUUGUGGGGGUAUUAAAGAAGGGGCUAAAGAUUGAAGCUCGUCAGCAUGCUGCUGCUGUGUUGUUUUACCUUGCUUCAAAUGCUGAGUAUGGGAAAUUGAUAGGGGAGGAACCAGAAGCAAUCCCAUCAUUGAUCAGGCUCAUCGAAGAUGGUUCUGAUCGAGGUAAAAAGAAUGGCUUGGUUGCGAUGUUUGGCCUCCUAAAGCACCCUGAAAACCAUAGGAGGGUGCUUGCUGCUGGAUCAAUUCCUUUACUCGUUCACAUCUUAAAAUCAUGUGAAAAAGAAGACCUUGUCACAGAUACGCUAGCAAUUCUAGCAAGUCUGGCAGAGAAAAGUGAUGGAACAUUAGCAAUUCUUCAAUUUGGAGCUUUGCAUGUAGCGGUUGAAAUUUUGAAUUCUUCCACUUCAAGGGUGGGGAAGGAGCACUGCGUGUCUUUAUUGCUUUCUCUAUCAAUAAAUGGAGGAGUAGAUGUGGUUGCUCAGUUAGUGAAGAACCCUUCUCUUAUGGGAUCUUUAUAUUCCCAAAUCAGUGAAGGCACGUCUCGAGCAAGCAAGAAGGCCAGUGCCCUCAUCAGGGUCCUCCAUGAUUUUUACGAAAGGAGGCCCUCUGGAUUCAAGACUUCAGCUAUUCCACAAGAACAAUCCAUUCAUGUGUGGUAACCCAGUAUUUUUUUCCACCUGGGUAUUCUUUGAUUUGUUUUAAAAUUAUGAAUUCUAGAUACUGUUGUAUAAAUGUGCUUGUUAUUUUGUUAUUUUUACUCUUGAU